AUGAUAUACCGAGGUUCAGGGUCAAAAACUGAAGAAAAUCUGACGACGCAACAUGUGCACAGCCCCAAACAAUGUGACGGUGGACACCCCGGAGAUGAUCACAAUGGCGGCGAACCAAUAGGAACAAAACAAGCUGAAGGUACACAGCCUAAAAACAAUCAAAAGGGUGGAGCAAUCAAAGCACCCACACAAAGUGCGGGUGGACAGCCCGGAGAUGACCAGGAGGAACGUGCAUCAAAAGAAUACAAACCACAUGAAACUACAAAGAAGUCUGAAACCAGUGACAAUGGUAAAAAAAGUGAAUUGACAAAGCAAGGCACACUCGAUGGAGAUCCCACCGAAACAGUUCGGCAAGGUCCCGUAAUCACUGGAGCAGCUACCCAUGGUGACGAUAAAACGAAGUUUGGCACCACCGACAGUCGUAAAAUGGGUGAAUCAACAAAAGCAGGUGCAGCAGGAGGACGUAACACUGGAGCAGCCACAUAUCCGGGAGGCAUCACACUAGGGACGGCAGGUGUUGGGUUCACCACCACAGCAGCCGCACAACCUCGACAGACAUGGGACUUGGGAUCGCAGGAAAGUGGCGAGAGAGUUCUGACGACGAAAGCUGGUGCACAAGGUGGACGUAACACUGGAGCAGCCACACAUCCGGGAGGCAUCACAGUAGGGACGGCAGGUGUUGGGUUCACCACCACAUCAGCCGCACAACCUCGACAGACAUGGGACUUGGGAUCGAAGGAAAGUGCUGAGAUAGUUCUGACGACGAAAGCUGGCAUGACAGUUGGACUGGCUGGUGUUGGAUUCACCACCACAGCAGCAGCACAACCUCGACAGACAUGGGACUUGGGAUCGAAUGAUAGUGGUGAGAGAGUUCUGACGACGAAAGCUGGUGCACAAGGAGGACGUAACACUGAAGCAGCCACACAUCCGGGAGGCAUCACUGAAGGAACAGCACGGCUUGGAUUCACCACCACAGCAGCCGCACAUCCUGGAGCAAAAUCGAUCUCCGGAUACAAUGAGAGUGCUGAGAGAGGUGCGACGACAAAAGCUGGUGCACAAGGUGGACGUAACACU